GUGAUUUCGGGAUCGUGGGCGUCUCCCUCUACGCUUGCGCUGCAGACUAGAAUUUGAGCUAGUCUGCUUCGACGGUGGCACGAUUCGUGAGUGGAAAACGUAUAUAUAAACGAGGAGCGGCCGUGUCAUUUCCCUCCAGAGAAGACACGUUUAUCAGUGUUAAUCACUGGGCAAUAAAGUCACCAGCUUCACUAAAAAGAAAAUGCCUCCCCUCGUUCGCCACAGAACGAUGCGUGUCUUCAUGAACGGCGACCGCCACGUCAUGGCCAAACAUUCGGCCAUCUAUCCAACACAGGAGGAGCUGGAGAGCGUCCAGAACAUGGUCUCCCACACAGAGCGGGCUCUUAAGGCCGUUUCUGAUUGGCUGGAUAAGGAGGAAAAGGGAACUACAAAGUCUGAAUUCGAAGAUGGUGACAAAGACAGUGAGCAGAAGGAUCAGGCCACUCGGACUCUGCGUGGCGUUAUGAGGGUGGGUCUGGUUGCUAAAGGUCUGCUGCUGAAAGGAGACCUGGACCUAGAGCUGGUGCUGCUCUGUAAGGACAAGCCCACCGUCAGUCUGCUGGGAAGGGUGUCUGAAAAUCUUCUUGCCCAGCUGCAGACGAUCACAGAAGACAAAUACAUAGUAACACAGGACAUCCAGAAUGCGAGCAUCAUCAUCCACAACACAAAGGAGCCCCCUCUAACGCUCACAAUUCACCUCACAUCCCCUUUAGUCCGCGAAGAGAUAGAGAAGGCGACCGCUGGAGAAACGCUUUCAGUCAUCGAUCCCCCGGAUGUUCUGGACAGGCAGAAAUGCCUAACUGCCUUGGCAUCUCUACGCCACGCUAAGUGGUUCCAGGCCAGAGCCAACGGGCUGCGCUCCUGUGUCAUCGUCAUCCGCAUCCUGAGGGACCUGUGCGCCCGAGUCCCCACGUGGGCCCCGCUUCGUGGCUGGCCACUGGAGCUGAUCUGUGAGAAAGCAAUCGGCACAGGGAACAGGCCAAUGGGGGCAGGCGAAGCUCUGCGGAGAGUUUUAGAGUGUCUCGCUUCGGGGAUCCUCAUGAUAGAUGGUCCUGGAAUUUACGACCCAUGUGAGAAGGACGCCACAGACGCCAUUGGUCACCUGGAUCAGCAGCAGAGAGAAGACAUCACAGCGAGCGCUCAGCACGCUUUAAGGCUGUCGGCUUUUGGGCAGCUCCACAAAGUCCUCGGAAUGGACCCGCUUCCGUCAAAGAUGCCCAAAAAGCCUCGCAGCGACACCCCGAUUGAUUACACAGUGCAAAUCCCACCCAGCACAGCGUAUGCCCCACCUAUGAAGAGGCCUAUAGAAGAAGAAGAAGGAACCGAUGAUAAGAGUCCAAACAAAAAGAAGAAAAAGCUGCAGAAGAAAUCUGCAGAAGAAAAGGCGGAGCCGGCUCAGUCAAUGAAUGCCCUAAUGAGGCUGAAUCAGCUGAAACCAGGUCUGCAGUACAAACUGAUAUCUCAAACCGGUCCAGUUCAUGUUCCAGUGUUCACUAUGGCGGUGGAGGUGGACGGGAAGACGUUUGAGGCUUCUGGUCCAUCCAAGCGAACCGCCAAGCUGCAUGUGGCUGUCAAAGUGCUGCAGGACAUGGGCCUACCCACCGGGGUGGAACUGAAAAGUACUGAAGUCGCUGUGAAAUUGGAAGAAACUGUGGUAGCAAUUGCUGCAGAAGAAGUGAAGCCAACAGUAACCCCCACCGAAUCGUCCACUGCCGCACCCGGCGCCACUCCAGAAUCUGCCGAGUCGGCUCGCCAGCAGGGACCAAUCCUGACCAAACACGGCAAGAACCCCGUGAUGGAGCUGAACGAGAAGCGCCGCGGCCUCAAGUACGAGCUCAUCUCUGAGACGGGCGGCAGUCACGACAAGCGCUUCGUCAUGGAGGUGGAGAUCGACGGGCAGAAGUUUCAGGGCACCGGCUCCAAUAAGAAAGUGGCCAAAGCGUACGCGGCGCUGGCUGCUCUGGAGAAGCUGUUUCCUGAAGGCUCUGCUCCUGAGCCUGCUAAGAAGAAGAAGGGACCGCCCAUGCACCAGCCGUUUGGCCUGGACGCCGGCAUGCCCAGAGGCAGAGGGAGAGGCCGAGGCCGCGGAAGAGGCAGAGGCUUCAAUAACGGAGGCGGCUACGGCCAAGGAGGUGGAUUUGGAACGUACGGAUAUGGGAACAACACCAACUCUGGCUACAGUGACUUUGUCUCAGACUACUAUGGCUACCCCGAGUUUGCGACAUAGAACUCCCCCUCCCCUAACUCCAGUGUUAGAAAAUAAUAAAAAAACAAACAAACAAAAACCUGUUGAGAGGAUUUGAACGGACAAAAAUACUCAGUAGUGUUCCAGCGGGAUCAGAAAGUCGCGUCACCAUCAAGUCCACAACCCCCGGGGACAAAGUGACUCCAUCUAACCUGUCUUGCCAAUCCCACUUGUCACGUCCAAGCCACCUCUGGGGAGACGAUCCUCCACUGCAUGCAUGCAGCCAUAAGACGAACCUCUGUACCCGUGGAUGCACCUGAACACACCAGACCCGUUUUUAGCUCAGUGUCUUCUCGUAGUCCGGACGACCAGUGGGGAGCCGGACGACACGUACUGCCUUUCGGGACGUCUCCGCCUCCACACUUUUAGAUGGAAACAACUCGUGACAUCUUCCUUUCUGUUUUUAACUGUGUGUCUCUUGUCACUUCCAACCACGAUUGACCUCAUUUUAAGGAAACUACAUUAUUUCUCAUCAAAUCUGUUAUUUCCCUGUCUUGUUAGCACCGCAGAGUUAGAAAUAAUCUAGCUGCAUGAAGGUCUUACUCUGGCACUGUCUAGUUUUUGUUUGCUUCUUGCCUGAUCUGCGGCUGGCAAAGACGGACGGAGGCUUGUUUGUGCUCAGACUGGAUCGAUGUAAGAAUGUGUUUGGUGUGAGAGGAUUUCCUCACUCUAGCUGUUUUUAUAUAUGUUCUUUUUAUUAAUAAAUGUUGCAUUCAUGACUGA